GUAAAAACAGUGGGAGAGAGAACAAUGGGAAAGCUGGAAAGAGAACCAUCACCAUUUAGGGUGGUCUUUUGCAGUAUAUUGCUGUGGGAUCCGUUUUCCUUCGGGAACACAAAUCCAUUUGAAAACCAGUGUGUAAUGUGUUGUGCAAUGUGGAGGAUCAUUACCCUUUCGGUAUUUUCAGCUGCCUUCAUAUGGCCUAGUGGACAUGAAGCCUCAGUGUUUUACAGCAGCCAAGAAGCAAAUCAAGUGCUGAAAAUCCAGAAGCGGGCAAAUUCUUUUUUGGAAGAAGUAAAGGCAGGCUCAUUGGAGCGGGAAUGUGUAGAGGAAGUGUGUGAUUUUGAGGAAGCCAGUGAAAUAUUUAAAACGAAGGAAGCAACUCUAAAUUUUUGGACAAAAUAUUAUGAUGGAGAUCAGUGUCAAUCCAACCCAUGUUUCAAUGGAUCCUGUCAGGACGGCAUUGGACGAUUUGACUGCAUUUGUAACAAAGGCUGGGAGGGACACCAGUGCCAAAAUGAGGUCAGCUAUACCAACUGUUCCACUUCCAAUGGUGGCUGUGAACAUUUCUGUAACGAGGGCCAAAAAGAUGGUGACAAGUACCGUUACUGCAGCUGUGCUUCAGGUUAUCGGCUGGCUCCUAAUCAUACUUCUUGUGAACCUGCUGUGGAUUUCCCAUGCGGAAAAGUCCCGGAGUCCAAGUUAAAGGUUGCUAAAAUAAUUGGGGGGAAAUCUGGAAGAAAAGGAGAUAGUCCCUGGCAGGUUAUGCUGGCCAAUAGUGCAGGCGAUUUUAAGUGUGGUGGUGUUCUCAUUCACCCCACCUGGGUGCUGACAGCUGCUCAUUGUUUGCCAAAGCAACAAAGAGUCAAACUGAGAUUUGGUAAAUAUUAUCGCCGGCGACCAGAAGAAAGUGAGCAAUCUAUCUUUGCUGACACUCUAUUGCCGCAUGAAAACUACUCUGCAGAGACCUCUGAUAAUGACAUUGCAAUGCUGCACCUAGAACACCCAGUUAUUGUCAAUAGGUUCACAGUUCCUAUUUGCCUGCCUUCCAAGAACCUGGCGGCCCAGGAAUUAAUGAGAGAAGGAGCACAAACAGUGGUGACAGGCUGGGGCAGCCAGAGUGAGGACUCCAACAAGAAUUACUCCUCCGUUCUCAAGUAUAUUGAAAUCCCUGUGGCACCACGGAAUGACUGUAUCCAUUCUAUGUGGAAUUCUGUCUCUGAAAACAUGCUCUGUGCAGGGAUCCAGGGAGAUAAGCGGGAUUCGUGUAAUGGAGACAGUGGUGGUCCCAUGGUCGCUAAAUUCAAGAAUACUUGGUUCCUUGUUGGACUCGUGAGUUGGGGAGAAGGCUGUGGAGAACCUGAUAACUUUGGAAUCUACACCAAAGUCAGUCCAUAUCUUGACUGGAUCUAUCAGCAAAUGAAAACAUAACAUGUUCCCACCAAACACUGUUGCAAAAAGGAUUAGGGACCACUUUGGCCAUAUGCUCAGUAUAGUGUGCCCAGCAUCUUCUGCUAAUAAAUACAGAGUAUACAAAGUGA